AUGGAUAAUAUUACUUAUUUUGCAACCUACACCCUGAUGAAACCACAAGACUCUAAAUCUUACAGACAUAUAUAUUUUACAUGCUUUUUCUUUAUUUAUAGUCUAAUAUUGUUUUUGAACAGUUGCCUUUGUGUGGUCAUUGUUUUGGAGAGAGCACUUCAUCAACCAAUGUACAUUUUUCUGUGCAAUCUAUGUUUAAAUGGAAUAUAUGGAGCUACUGGAUUUUAUCCUAAAUUCCUACAUGAUUUAAUCCUGGAUUCAUAUGUAAUUCCUUCUUACAUGUGUGCUUUUCAGUCUUUUGUUAUCUACAGUUCAAUUAAGUGUGAAUAUUCUACAUUAGCAGUGAUGGCUUAUGACAGACAUGUGGCCAUAUGUCGACCCUUAGACUAUCAUACAAAGAUGAACACAUUUUCUUGUGUUGUGCUGCUUUUCAUAUGUUGGACUUUACCAUUAAUUUCAACACUCAUUGCUCUGAUCCUAUCAAAUAAGUUAGUAUUAUGUAAAAAUCACAUUGAUAAACUGUAUUGUGACAACUGGUCAAUAGUAAAGCUCUCAUGUGGAUCAACUGACACCAAUAACAUUUAUGGACUAAUAAGCAUUUCAUUUCAUUUUUGCAUUUUCGCUGUAAUUAUUGUAUCUUAUGUAAAGCUUGCCAUUGCAUGUAAAGCAUCAUUAGAGUGCAGAAGAAAAUUUUGGCAGACAUGUGUGCCUCAUGUAAUUUCAUUAGUUAAUUUCAGUGUUGCAAUGCUUUUUGAUACAAUGUACAACAGAUAUGGCUCAAGCGAUUUCCCAGAUGAUCUGCGUAAUUUUUUGGCCUUAGAAAUAAUUAUUGUGCCACCUCUUUUAAAUCCUGUAAUCUAUGGCUUAAACUUGAAAGAAGUCCGCAUGAGAAUUUUGAAAUCAUGUAUAAAUAUUUUGAAAAAACCAUGA